GGACGGACCCGUCGGGGGUGGCAUUUGCCGGAGCGAGCUGGAGCGACGGGUCCCUUGGAGACACCUCUCUCCAUGGCAACCUAAUCGCUUCCUGUGAAGAUCCCGAAAUAACCGACGAGACGGGGGAGCGGAGCGGAGCCGAGCGGAGCGGGCAGCGGCGGCGGGGAGGAGGCGGGCGGCGGGGGGCAGCCAGGGCUCAGCCUCAUCAAACCUUCCUCCUCCUCCUCCUCCUCUCCUUCCUUCGUCCUGGCCAUGAGAGGCACCGGCAGCAGCAGCUGUGCUUCCCCGGUCCCCUGCUCCGCCGCCCCGCCUGCGCCCCACUCGUCUCCCCGCAAGUGAAGAAGAUGAGACAGGAUCCUCGCUGAGCAAAGACGCUGUUGCUUCUGAGAUGGGGCCCGGUGCCUGCAGUAUGCCUGCACUCCUCUCCUGCAUCCACUCCCUGCAGCUUUGGCAUCUCCUCCUCCUGGUCUCGGCUGUCCCUUCUCCUGGUGUCUGGUCUCUUCGCUCUCGGGGGCCAACAGCCACUCGGCCUCUUUGCGCCCGGCGGAGCCCCUCAGCCCCGCGGCCCAUUUGCAUCUGGGACAGGACCUCAUUGCCAGAGAGGGAUUCUCGCUUUGCCCUGCCGCGCCAGCGGGCCCUGCCCAACCGGGGGGGAGAGCUGCGGCACGUCGUGCGGCUGAGACGCCAGGCAGCGGGGACCCGCCCUGCCACUCCUUCUGGAUUUGAGGACGGCAUGCCCUCCUCCCAGUACCCCUGGGCCAUCGUGUGGGGCCCCACGGUGUCGGAUGAGGACGGAGGGGACACCAACUCGGCCAACCCAGGCUUUCCACCACUGGGAUACACCUUUGUCUCGCCUCACGGGAUGGCAACGGCACAGCCCAACUCCCACUCGCUCCUGCACAACGCGGGACUCAACCUGCGUGAGACACCAGCCACUCUGCGGCCCUUCUUGUUUGGGCCCCGGGGGGAAGGUGUGGACCCCCAGCUGUAUGUCACCAUCACCAUCUCCAUCAUCAUUGUCCUGGUUGCCACCGGGAUCAUAUUCAAGUUCUGCUGGGACCGUAAUCAGAAACGCCGGCGUCACUCGGGGCAGCAGAGUGGUGGGAGGCAGCAGGAGAGCCAGCAGCCCCUCACGGACCUCUCCCCCACCACCGUCAGCAUCCUGGGGCCCUACAGUGACUCCCUGGCCCCCACGUCCGAAGCAGAGGAUUCCAGGCCAGGCCAGGAGGGUGUGGAGAAACUGGGAGGCCAUGGGAAGAGUACAGCCUUCCAGCUCAACCGAAUCCCACUGGUGAACCUGUGACACUCACGGGAGAAGCAGAGCUGGCUCCCCCCACCCUCCUGUCACAGCCGGCGAGCACAGAAUCCCGCUGCCUCUGCUACCCCAGGAAAAAACGACCUCCUUGUGCCACGGCCCACCACCAUCAUUAUUAACUAACUCCACCAGGAUGUGCCUGGGCAAAUGGAUGAGCUGGGCCUCCUUAGCCUCCUGAUGGGGGAAGGUUGGGGACUCCCCCCACCCACGCAGGACAUGGUGAUGAGAGAGCAGGAUAGUGGGAGGGAAGACAGCUGGUGGUGGUGUGAAAUCUUGGCCUCCCCAGCCCCUCUCCUAGCACACGUGCAGACACACACACACACUUGGAUCCCCACGACUCUCUCACCAGUGCAUGCCUGACAUUGGGAGUAGGCAAGGUGGAAAGGCGUACCCCUGUGCCCGUGGGCCCUAACCCCUCUGUGUGUCCCUUCCCAUGUUGUGUGCUUUGAAGUGAACGUCUGGAGUUCAGUGGCUGCAGAAUUGCCCUCCGGGGCUCAGUCUCCCCUGAGCCGGGACUCAGGUUGUGGCAGGUUCUUCUGUUCCUGAGGCCUUGGCCCUCCUGAGGGUCCCAAGGGUGGGUGAAGCUUGGGCAGAAGAGGGUCACACAGCACCUGGGCCCCUCAACCCAUUUCCUUGAAGGAAACAUUACCUCCCCCCCUAGAUGGAACAUAUUCACAUCUUUCCAUUUGCUUUCUGCCUAACACUCCUCUGUUUCUUCUCUUCAGCUUGUAUGUUUCUUCAUCUCUCCAUCCCAAUUUUUUUCUCUCAGUUCCUCCCCCCACUACUUCUCUUGCCAGCUAAAGUUGGAAAAGGUUUCUUUAGCCUUCCGAAUGUUUCGAUCUCUUGGAAGCCUUCUUGCUUUCCCCCUCCACCCCCUCGGUCUCCUUCAGCAAGGUUUUUUCUGAAGAACAUCAGUCUAUGGUGAUGUUCUUCAGAAAAUCUGAGAUGAAGCCCUCUGCCCAUCAUGUAAUUUAGCAAGUGUCCCGUACAUUGGGAUACUGCCGAAGCAACUAAAAUAUGGCAUGCAGAUGUAGCUGGGCACAAGGAACCUGAGUUUCACUGGGCUGAGGGAGGGAACUGUUUUCAGACACUCAUGCCACAGGCAACAACUGUGACUCUCUGUGCCUGGGAUGACAAAGAGCAAUUUAGAGUAGACUUUGGGAGCAUUUGGAGGGUUGCCAUGUACUGCUGGUAGGUCUUUCCUGGAAUGCAAGGUGACCCAUGAGGCAGUGUUCACCAAGAGCAUGAGAGACAGGACAUCUGGGGUGCCAACCUUCAUAAGUGUAUUGCCCCAGCUGGUUGGGGACCAAAACCAAUGGCAGAGGUAUCGGUGCAAAUUGCUUGCUUAAGCAACAUACUUCAAAGUAAUUCCCAGAUCCCACAUUGACAGCCACUGAGCUGAAAUGAUGCAGAUUUAGGUAAGGUUGCCCCUAUACUGUACAAACACCUUCAGCUACUGGACUGAUGUGGCCAGAGACACGAAACUCACCCACAAUUUGAAGGCUCUAAACACCAUACAAGGUCUCCGACAAAAGUCAUCUUGAAGAAAAGGAAAUGGCCCUUUCAUCCUUUAUCUCUGCAGUAAAAGCCUAUUCUUUAUAGGACAAAGCACAGGGAGUUUCAUAAGAGGCCUCGUUCUGCCCAUUUACCUAGCUGAACUAUUAGGUGAUCUCAGCCCCAUCUGACUCACUGUGAAGGACAUUUAAAUGAGAGUGUAAAUUGCAACAAGCUUCGCAAAAAACAGUAGAGAUUUGGAGAAAACGACAGGUCAAAUAAAAUUACUGGCUUGUUAAAAGCACAGAAUGGCUGAAAGAUGUAGGUAGAAAAGGACUCUAGAGGUCUCUAAUCUAAGCACAGGUUGAGUCUCCGCUUAUAGCAGGGGAUAUUAUUGCUUUACUGCAGAUCGAUCUAUUACUGAACCUUUUCCUUAUUCAGGCUCUGUUCAAGGCUUUGGUCGACAUUCAAGCUACGGAUGGAUGGAGAAGGGGGCAGACAGCUGUUCCUGCCCGCCACCCCGCUCACCACUGCCCACACCAGCUGAGGGCAGCUCAGGGCUGUUCUCCCUCUCACUGGCGCACCAGUGCUGGAGAAGGCCAUCUGCACACAUCCUGCAAAAGGCUGCACUGCUUAUUACUGGCAGUUUGCAAUAUAAUGCCUUGAACUCGCUUAAGUAAUCUUCCAGACCAGAUUAAUUAGAUUGCUCUUUGAUCAAUAGCGCUUGUUGAAACUGGGCCAGAGUUUAGACUCUACCACUUCAAGGGCUGUCCUUGGACUUCCCCUUUCCACAUGCUGUGUGGAGGGAAGGUCUGUAAGAAAGUGGCAGGGCAUUGCAGGAGGCCUAGUGAAAAAAUUUUCAAACACUUGAUACAGGGAAGCCCUGCGGUCUGCUGGCCAGGCUUUUGUAAACUCUGCAAACAAAUCAGACUUCAGUGUUUUGGUUUUUUCCCCUCCCUUUACUCCGUUUCUAUUUCUGUUAAAAGUAUCUCCAGGGAGUGAAACCUUUCACGGAUGCUGUGGUAAGGGGGAGGUUGAGGAAUGCAGCAGAGAAAGCUCGUACAAUGACAGGAGCUUGGGUAUGCUGGACAUCUUUUCCAAGAUGAAUUUUUCUAGCCAAAUAUGUUUUUAUGAUAGUCAUUCACUCUCUCUCACAAAACAGGUUAGAUAUGGGAAACACCUUCAUUGUCCUGCCCAAACUUUCAUUGCUACAUUUUGCCCCUGGAAAAAAAACAUUCAAAACACACAUGGACAUACAAGUUUCUCCCAGUCAAUAAAUAAUCCCACUGGAUCUGUUUUCUCUAUGGCUGGAGCCUUAUGAACAAUCUUGCCCCAUACAGACUGAAGCCAGGGCAUGCCUGCAGUCUCUUCCCUGGCCCAAGCUCAUUCUGUGAGAUGCACACACAGACAGGCUGACAGCACCAAGUACCAAGCCAGGGCAGAGGCCUGACCCUUCUCAGUCACAGCCCAUCAGGUUUCCCUGUCUUCUAGAUGACUGGAGGAGAAAGAUUUGGAUUAAUUUUUUUCCAGUGGAAAUUUUACACAGAGAAAGGUAUGUGGGGAAACCGACUGAAAAUGUUCAUAGCCUUGGGCUGAGCCUGCCCAACGUUUCUGUGCAAUUAAAGGAAAUGUCUGGAUGGGUUGGGUGAGCUGAAGGAACAGUGUCUCUGCUGAGCUCCUGGAGGGUCCUGGCUUUGUUAACGCAAGGGUGGUCUCUCUGUGAGUGCAGUGGGAAGGAGGGAAGGUCUGGGGAAGAAUCUCUCCCCUCUGCCCUGUGUAGUUUUGGAGCAGGAACUGGAGUCUCCCUUUGUUUACCCAGCAGAGUGGCAUAACCACAAUGGCCCACAAAUCCUACUUGGGCUUUCCCAUCUAAUCAGUUGUGACUGGUAGGCAGGGGAGCACACCCCCAGCAUGUGCUUCCACACCACUCCUCCGGUCCAUUCCCAAGGAUUCACAUCCAGUCAAGCAUUCCACAUCUUCAGAGAGGGCUAUCUACCUCUUCCUCAAUGGCACCUAAGUGCCCUUGCAAAUCUGGUCCCUUCAUUCCCCACUCCCUUUCCUGAUAAGGAAAAAUGCUUGGAAAGGAGCGGUUUGUUCAUUCCCCACAAGUUCUCAAAUCACCUUCAGACUGUUCUGAAUUAAACUGUGGUUUUCUUUUUUCACUCUGACAAACCAUGUCUAUGGCAAGGCCUUAGAGCUGAGUCCUGCAGCACAAAAGCCCUGGGCCAAACUCCAGCUCCCUGAUUGCACCCCCGCUGAUGUCUCACUGUAGUCCUGGCCCUACCUUGGCAAGACCAUAGAGGGGGGCCCCCUUCCUUCACUGACUGCUGGGUCUCUACUCCUUUUUUCCUGUUGUUUUCCCUCUCCCACUGUUUUCCCACUUCCCACCCCCGUCCUGUACCAUGGUCUCCCUCCUGGUUAUCUCUCCCCUCCUGCUGUUUCACUCUCCCAAAUCCUCUCUUGUUCUCCCUUUGCCACUCAGUCUCGUUCUGCCACGGCUCCGUCCUCCCCUCCAUCCUCCCUCCUGCUUCCCGCUCAGUCUCGCUCUUCCCCCUCCCCUGCCCUUGUGCGCUGUGAUAUAUAUUUUUGUAGGAUUUCUCUUCUCCUCGUGGUGAAAUAUUCAAUUCUUGUGGGAUGUUAGUUUCAACAUUUUUAAAUAAACCUUUGCAAAAUACUUGAAA